UCAUUCUCUCAAUCCACCGAAACACCACGUACGUAGAGUAGAUCAGCGAGAAUGGCCUCCUCUUCUUCUCCAUCCCAUCUGCACCUCCUCAUACUCUUCUUCUUCGCCAUAGCCGCCUCCUCUCUAUUGUCCACCGCGACCUCCACGCGCGCCUCGCCGGCCGACACUGCCGUCGGCGGCAUCGCCGCCAAGGUGUACACCAAGGUGUGCGACGCGACGAGGUUCGCCGGCCUGGGCCUGAACAUGACGGAGUUCCGCUACUGCGACGCGUCGCUGCCGUACGCCGACCGUGUCCGCGACCUCAUCGGCCGGAUGACCGUGGAGGAGAAGGUCGGCGCCCUCGGCGACUGGACCGACGGCGCUGCCCGCAUCGGCCUGCCGGCGUACAGGUGGUGGUCGGAGGCGCUGCAUGGCCUCUCCAGCACCGGCCCCACCACCAAGUUCGACGACCUCGCCACGCCGCACCUCCACUCCGGCGUCUCCGCCGUCUACAACGCCACCGUCUUCGCCAACGUCAUCAACAGCGCCGCCUCCUUCAACGAGACCCUCUGGAAAUCCAUCGGCCAGGCUGUGUCGACGGAGGCGAGGGCGAUGUACAACAUGGGGAAGGGAGGGCUGACGUACUGGAGCCCCAACAUCAACGUGGUGCGCGACCCGAGGUGGGGGAGAGCUCUGGAGACGCCCGGCGAGGACCCGUACGUCGUCGGCCGCUACGCCGUCAACUUCGUCCGCGGCAUGCAGGACAUCCCCGGGCACGAGGCGGUCGCCGCCGGCGGCGACCCUAACACGCGGCCGCUCAAGACGUCGGCGUGCUGCAAGCACUACGCCGCCUACGACCUCGACGACUGGCACAACCACACGCGGUUCGAGUUCGACGCGCGCGUCGAUGAGCGCGACAUGGUGGAGACGUUCCAGCGGCCAUUCGAGAUGUGCGUCCGCGACGGCGACGUGAGCAGCGUCAUGUGCUCGUACAACCGCGUCAACGGCAUCCCGGCGUGCGCCGACGCGCGCCUCCUGUCGCAGACCAUCCGCCGCGACUGGGGCCUCCACGGCUACAUCGUCUCCGACUGCGACGCCGUCCGCGUCAUGACCGACAACGCCACCUGGCUCGGCUACACCGGCGCCGAGGCCAGCGCCGCCGCGCUCAAGGCUGGCCUCGACCUCGACUGCGGCGAGAGCUGGAAGAACGACACCGACGGCCACCCGCUCAUGGACUUCCUCACCACCUACGGCAUGGAGGCCGUCAACAAGGGCAAGAUGAGGGAGUCCGACAUUGACAACGCCCUCACCAACCAGUACAUGACGCUCAUGAGGCUCGGCUACUUCGACGACAUCGCCCAGUACUCCUCCCUCGGCAGGCAGGACAUCUGCACCGACCAACACAAGACCCUCGCCCUUGACGGCGCACGCCAGGGCAUCGUCCUCCUCAAGAACGACAACAAGCUGCUGCCGCUCGACGCCAACAAGGUUGGCUUCGUCAAUGUCCGUGGCCCUCAUGUCCAGGCCCCUGAGAAGAUCAUGGAUGGAGACUACACAGGUCCUCCGUGCCGAUACGUGACGCCGCGCCAAGGUGUAAGCAAGUAUGUGAGGUUUUCGCAUCGCGCCAACACUACCAUCUACUUCGGAGGCCUAAACCUCAACAUUGAGAGGGAGGGCAACGACAGGGAGGACAUUCUCCUGCCCAAGAACCAGACAGAGGAGAUCAUCCGUGUCGCCAAGGCGUCGCCGAACCCGAUCAUCCUUGUCAUCUUGUCAGGAGGUGGCAUCGACGUCUCCUUCGCGCAGAACAACCCCAAGAUCGGCGCCAUCCUCUGGGCUGGGUACCCUGGUGGUGAAGGAGGCAAUGCCAUUGCAGAUGUCAUCUUUGGAAAACACAAUCCAAGUGGGAGGCUGCCAUUGACAUGGUUCAAGAACAAGUACAUCUACCAGCUGCCCAUGACAUCCAUGGAUCUCCGGCCGGUGGCGAAGCACGGCUACCCUGGAAGGACAUACAAGUUCUACGACGGCCCGGACGUGCUCUACCCGUUCGGCUACGGCCUCAGCUACACCAAGUUCCUCUACGAGAUGGGCACCAACGGCACCGCCCUCAUCGUCCCCGUCGCCGGCGGCCACUGCAAGAAGCUCAGCUACAAGUCCGGCGUGUCAACCGCACCGGCAUGCCCGGCGAUCAACGUGAACGGCCACGUGUGCACCGAGACCGUCAGCUUCAACGUGAGCGUCACCAACGGCGGCGACACGGGCGGCAGCCACCCGGUGAUCGUGUUCAGCAAGCCGCCGGCGGAGGUGGACGACGCGCCGAUGAAGCAGGUGGUGGCGUUCAAGAGCGUGUUCGUCCCGGCGUGGAGCACGGUAAGCGUGAGCUUCGAGCUCAACGUGUGCAAGGCGUUCGGCAUCGUCGAGAAGACGGCCUACACCGUCGUGCCGUCCGGCGUCAGCACCAUCCUCGUCGAGAACGUCGACUCGUCGGUGUCUUUCCCAGUCAAGAUCGACUUCGCUAUUUAGACAAUCUUAAUUAAAUAUAUAUUCAGGUGUCUGUUUAGAUUCUUUUAGGCAAUGAGGUAUUUGUUUUUAAGUUCUUUUUUCCUCUAAACUGCCAUAUACUGUCAUACGUUUAGAAUCGUACUCCAAAAUUGGAGUGUUAAGUGUCAAUAUGUUUAGGCUUCCAUGUUACAAUUGGAACAUAUAUGGUCA